AUGGUGUGGUGGAAGGGAGUGUCGUGGGCGAGCCGAGUGGAACAAGGUGAGUCAUUGUCACGGUCGUCCUUGUGAUCGUUGUGCUUAUCGUCCACAUAAUUGUCAUAGUUCUCCUCGCAGUCCUCUGCGGACUUGAUGCGAUUAGGCAAGUCGCUUGUACGAUCGGAGAUAGGAGAAUCUCCUGUUGGAGUCGGGGAUUUCGAUAG